CCCCUGUCAGUUUGCCGACGAUCUCCGUUAUAUCUACUGCUCGCCUCACACGCACAAACACACACACGAGGCUCUCAUCACUACCCCCAACCGUGCUGUGAUUUAGUUUUCUUUAUCUGAUUUUGUUUUUGUAAGUGAAGGGAAAAACUAGCGUCGAGUCACAAAAGGAAGUGUUCAGUGUUUUCUUUAUUUUUCGACGAACUUCUUUUUAUGUGGUGUGUGCGUUACGAAGUGGAUGAUUUUGUGUUUCUUCGUGUGGUUCAGAAUGAAGGAAAGUCUCUAAGGAUAAAGGAAAAAGAAUACCCGAGAAUGCGACUAUGAGAGAAGCCGCUUUUCCAACCAUCUUCUGUGACACGAAAAGCCUUUAAUUCAACGUUCCUCAGUGACAAACGAAAAACUCUAUCCUUUUGAAGUGGCAAUAAACCCUUUCUGAUCCCUUUUCAAGUACAGAGACAGGUUGACAUAACAUAGCAAGGUUAACUAAGCUUCUUUAUAGUCUUAUCAAUGACAAAUCGAAGCAUGAAACCCUUACUAUAGUGAUAAAUAUGUUCUACCCCCUUUUAAAACUACUGAAGGUGGUUGUCACGAUGUUUCAAUUACAAGAGCAGGCUGACAAGGCAUAGUAAAGUUAACUAGGCCUUUUUUUUUUACCUUAUUAGUGGCAAAGCAAAACAUUAUACCCUUAUUGAAGUGACAUUAUUUUCUAUCCCUAUCAACUACUGAAGGUGGUUGACACGAUAUUAUAAGGACAAGGACAGGUUGACGAGGCAUAGCAAGGUAAACUAAGCCUCUAAAGCUGUAAUAGUGACAAGGCAAAACAUUUUACUCUUACCACAGUGAUAUGUUUUCUUAUUAAAUCUACUGAAGGUGGUUGACACGACAUCACAAGUAGAAGCAGACCUAGUGUUCCCUUUUACAAUGUUCCUGCCGAGGGCGUGUCUCGCUGUGGCGGCGCUGGCUUGCCUUCUCCCCGCCCCCGGCCUGCCCAUCAAACACCUGGUGUCGCCGCGAGCCAUCAUUGGGGCCAUGCAUGACCCCCCCAAGGACGUGGUGGUGAUAUUCGCCACAACCAACACCACCAGCACCACCACCACCACCACCAGUGAGCCAGACACCGCAAAGAGUGAUAUGGCAGACCAAACACCCAAAGAACAGGACACGGCACCCACCAGUGAAUCCGAUGAGAUGCAAGCAGCGGGCACAGUCAUGGUUGAGUCUGAGGUGAUGGAGCAGUCACGGCCACGAGAUAGUCUGUCCACGACCUUAUUGAUGGAUAUUCGAGAUGUUCUUAGGAAGACGAGCGGCACGAGGGAGGAUGAGGCCUUCAGGACGGCCGUGGAGCAGCGCCUCGAGGCCGUCACACUGAAGGUGCAGGAAUCCGUCGAUGCCAUGGCCAGCGACUUGGAGAGGAUGAGGGAGAACAUGGAGCAGAAGGUGAGUCUUAUGCUCGAGACGUUUUCGACCCUCAGACUGCUGGUGGAGGGUCAGGGCGAGCAGCUGAGUGAGGCGAGGGAGAGGCUGCAGGCUGUCGAAGGGGAGACCAAAGGAUUCCAGGAGCAUAUCGAGACAACACAGAAGUCCCUCUCAGCCUGCCAAGAUCUGACGACGCGAAGAGCUGAUACUGAGGACAUGGAAAACAGUCCUCGGAGUAAAAGAAACCCUGAGGCAGAAAACGGAGCCUCGGAUCUGAACGAGGCGGUUCGGAACACCACGACGAAGCUUGAGGACCUGACGCUUCGUGUCCAAAACAUCACCGAGGAGGUACACGAUGUCAAGGACGGACUACACGACAUCAAAACAAAAGUGGCCACCCUCUCAACGGCGUCCUCAAAAACCACAGCAUUAAAAGACAUCCCAACAACCACCCCGAGCUCAGCGUCCUGCCAGUGUUCCACGGAGGAGCUUCAAGACGCCGUGGACAAGCUGAAGGAGGCUCAGAAGAAGCAAGCAAGCGAGUUCGUGGAGGUGAAGAGACGGGUCGCGGUGGUGGAGAGCCUUCGGAGCGCUAUGACCACCUACAGCCAGAGGGUCGGGGAGGUGGAAAGCCCCCUGCAGGGCCUCAUGGACGUGAAAACAACCGUGGCAGCAGUGCAGGACGACCUCAAUAAGCUCAAGGAAGGGAUAGAGGGCGCGACGGUCACCAACGGGACUUUCUUCGCUAACACCACCCGGCGAGCCAAGACCAAGGGCAUGUGUGUGUGGCCGUACACGAGGGGAGGCGGCAGCUGUUACCUCGUGAACCUGGAGGACCGGCUGGGCUGGGAGGCGGCGAGGGAGCAUUGCCGGGGCCUGCAGGGGGACCUCGCAGCCCCCCGCAGCUUCCCUCGCUUCAAGGCCUUCAUUCAGAUGCAGCGGGUGAGCCGAGCGUACACCUACUGGAUGGGCGCCACCAACACAGAGCCCGAGGGGGAGUGGCGGUGGACGGAUGGGCGGGCGCUGGAGGACGACGUGUGGGGAGCCGAGCCACCCCCCUCCGGCCGCGCCCCCCGCUGCAUGGCCCUCAAGCCCGCCUACAGGUUCGGGGCAUCAGCUGACUCAUGUCGGGAGAGCAAGUUUUUCAUCUGUGAGCAGGAGCGUCUGUUGUGAGGCUGCGUGUGUGUUUGUGUGUUCCUGUAGAGGGCGAUGAAGGUGGUGGUGUUAUAAUGCUGGUUGUGUUGUGCCAUAUUAUUGCUCUCUCUCUCUCUCUCUCUCUCGUAAAAACGAUCAGUGUUUCCUUUCCUGUUGUUUAUUUAUAGUUUUCCUCAUGUUCGGAAGCACAUUAUGUUCUCGUGUAUUCUUGGAAGUCGGUUGUGCCUACGUGACACUGCUCAGCACUCAAUAUUCUUGGUAAUGUUUUAACACUGAAGGAAAGAAGAUGACUUGUAACGCACUUUAGGCACCGUUAUUUUAAGGGACUGACUGUGGCAUCCUUCUGAGGACUGAAGUUGAUGAUUAAUAAGACUUAUAUUCCUGUAGCCAGUAUUGUAGGUGUUGCCUUGAAUACACUUUAUGUACAAAUAAUCAUAUUUAUAGCCCAUUCUGCAUGAAUGCUUCAACAUGUUUGUGUUAUUUAUUGUUAUUGUUAUUAUAUAUUACAUUAUAAUUCAAUGUAGCUGUAGUUUUAAAAAGGUGUGAUUACUGAGGCUUGACUCAAUUCUAUUUAGGUAGUUGUGUCACACGAUAAAUUAUCCAAAUCGUGUAGUUUACGGUGAGAAUAAAUAUAUUUAUUAUAUAGUUUUCUGUAUAAUGUUGCCCAUCAUUUCAGCUGCUGGCAGACUCAUUAAUGGCAUGGAUUUUUCUGGGUAUUAUGAUUUGUACAAGCAAGCCACAUCUCAAAUUAUUUACAGAAUCUUGGACAAUUUUAUUUCAUCUACUUAGUUUCUGGUUUGUUUGUGUUCUUAGAAUUGAUUACAAGUAAGAAAUAACUCACUGCCUUGACACUGUAAACAAAAAAGCCUUGUGAGAAAGGGGUGGGCAGGCUGUCACAGGCAUGAGAUAUUUUGUUUUGAGGAAAGAAAACUGGCUUCAGCUGCCAUAACCACUGACCUCUUGAAAGUCUUGGACAUCUCACUCCAGAUUGAGUUAAUUUAUCAUUACUCCUUGCUCAUGUAUGCCUGUGGGUUAACUUUUGCUGGAAGGUGAUUGCCCAGAACAAACCUUUUCAGUGCAGACAUCCACAGAGUACGUAUUGCCUAUUCUCAUUUACUCCAUCAGCACCUCACUUCCUAACCACACCCCAUCUUCAUGUAUCCAACUCUUGCAUUCAAUUCCCCCCCCUAACAGAAAUCUUCUUUCAUUCCCAAAACUUUUCAAACACUGAUCUAAAUCAUCCCAAAGUCUUUUUAACUGCACUCAUGCCUUUCUUUCCCUUAUCAUUCAGUGGGCCAUGUUACUGUGUUGUUUGUUUUUGCCCUUGAGCUGCUUCCUUAGCUGUAACACACACACACACACACACACACGGUAAGGCAUAUACUUAAAGAACACAAACACAGUCUUUAUCACACAUUUCUUCAGGAAAAUGACAAAAAUACAACACUGAACAGUCAUCCAAUGUUUACCUUCGGAUGACCGAGAAAUGCACCAAAGUAAGGCUAGAUAAUGCCAAAACAAUCUCUAAAAACAAUGAGAAUAUCAUGAAUACUAAGCAUCAGGUGAGUAUACAUGUUUCAGCCUCCAACAAAGCAAUACUAAUUUGGAAGACCGAAUACCACGAUAAAUGAAGCCAGUAUAUAAGGGCUGAGUAAUACCCUUUGAUCACAACGCAUAUGAACAAGCUGUCAACAUAACGCAGUGAAAUGCAUAUGAGAGGUAGCAGAGAGAGAGCAUCAGCUAACCUGAGUCAUCCAGGCUUUCGCAAACUCCUUCGGCUUAACAGAAAGACAUCAGCACCUUUUUGAGUACUGCCCUGAUUAUGAUUAAGUAACCAGCUAACCAACCCUCAGUGCCAAUACUUAAAUGCCUGUAUAAGAGAAGCCAUGGUAAACUUAUCCGAAGGUAAAAAAAUAAUACAACUUGGAGACACAACUCACAAUGCUAUUAUGUUUAAAUUGUUCUUACUGCUCAGUUAAAAUGAGGCAUCACCAACAGCUAUGACUAAUACUUAAAUGCCUGUAUAUGAGAGGCCAUGGUAAACUUAUCCAAAGAGUAAAAAUAUACAACUUGGAGACACACCUCAUAACACUCUUAUGAUUAAGUUGUUCUUACGGCUCAACUAAAAGUGGCAUCACCAACAGCUGUGGCAUGUUGAGCUUAUAACCAUUCCUCUACAAUUAAUUCUCGGGUGCAUCAACAGAGGAAUACAUCACAGGUACAGCAGCGACAGCUCUUAUGGAAGUGGUUAUAAGUGGAUUAUUCUCCUUGCUCAACUAAAGACAUCACCAACAGCUGUGGUAUGUUAAGCUUACACAUCAUCAAAUAUAUCUCAGGUACAGUGGCCACUCCCAUACAGGAACACUAGGUAAAAACCAUAAUGCUAAAACAAUAAUCUCUAAAAACACUGAGAA